AUGGAUGGAUUACUAGCAGAUUUCUGUUUAUCAGCAACAUGCAAUUUGGAAACCAUGAAAUAUUCAGGGAAGUCUUCACUCCCAAAUAUGAAAAUUUACUCAAGUCUUCUAGAUGCAUGCAAGAAUGCACCUACGGUGAAAAUGGAAGAAAACGCUAGUAAAUUACUGCAAGUUUACUACAUGGCAAUGAGGCGUUCAUCUGUUCGAGAUCGAAAAACAGCUCCAGCAUCCGCAUUGCUGACAUUAUUUAAGUUGGCUAAGAGUAAUGCUAAAAUUAACGGGCGCAUUGUUGCGAACGAACUUGAUGCUACUGUCGCAAUUUAUAUCUACGACACUUUUAUUUCAAAUCAGACAGGUAGGUAG